GAGGGGGGGUGUCUAAUUUUAGCCCCUGAAUGGAUCUGUGCUGGAGCCGAGCUCUCUGCCCCUGUCAAGGGUACAGCAUCAUGUUGUGCUGGGAGGAUUUUCCUGCGUGGCUCUUUGAAUGGCUCCAUCACCGGCUCAGGUUGUGGUACAGGCAUGGAUGACUUCGAGUACAGCAUCCAGCUGAACGACAGGGACUGGGCUGAGUUCUUCUUGGCGGUGGAGGAGUGCAACCUCGCGCCGGCCUCGCUGGCCACAGCGGAGGAGCAGAGCCUCAGUGACAUUGAGCAAGGGGACGGCGUGCCGGGCAGCACAGACGGGCCGGUCACAGCCAGGGUGGGCAGCAGGCCAGGGCCUGGCACGGGCAGCUCUGCCCCACGUGGGGUGACCGGAGACGCCUGUCCAGGCUGGAAGGCCGACGGGCACCUCUCCGUGCCGGAGCUCCUCUCGGACGAAGCGGACGUGGGCUCUGCUGGCAGGAUCCUGUGUGCGAGCGGAGAGCCCGGCUGCCCUUCAUCCGCUCCAAUGCCCAGUGUGCAGGGCAGGCAGCCCCCCUGCCCUCCCGCAGGCACCGCUGCCAGCCCGGCCGGUGGCACAGCGCAGGACGCAGCAUGCGAAGCAGCAGCACCGCAGCCACAGAAAGGAGCAGGCAGCGGUAGCCCGGCUAUGGAGCGUCCCGGCAACCCGGCUGGAAGGAGCGAGCACGGAGGGGAUGCAGGAGCGGCUCCGGGACAGGGCGGCUCGCCCGCGGUGCCUGCUUCCCCAGGGAGAUCCGCGAGGAAAGGUCUCGGCAGCGCUUCCCGCUUGGAACCAGGACCACGGGGACCCCCGCGUGAACCCCCCCUGAGUCCAGCGCUGGAGGCAGCCCCCAAAGCUCCCGUGUCCCCAGCACGGGAGGAGGCGAGCGGGGACAGAGCCGGCUCCGAGCGCUGCUCCCCCGCCGGCUCCCCGGAGGUUGUGAGGCCCAAGGUGCCAGCGCAGACGAGGAAGAGCCGGCGGCAGCGGGGAGUCAGUGCCACCGAGGCAGCCCCGGGGGACAAGGAGCCGGUGGGGGCUGCAGGACAGGGGACUGCGGUGCCCAUAAAGGCACCUUUAAGCUCGCCACUGUCCUCAAGGAAGAGUAAAGGGAAGGAGAAGGCAGCCAAGCCGGCCCCUGUGAGGAUGGGCAGCGAGGAAGCAGUGGAGAGCAAAAAGCUGGUGCCCAGCCCUGGUGUGGAUGAGGGUGAUCUGGCUGCAAGCUUAUCCCCAAAGCAGAAGGUGAAGGAGAAGGCAGCCAAGCCGGCUCCUGUGAGGACGGGGAGUGAGGAGGCAGUGGAGAGCAAAAAGCCAGUGCUCAGCCCUGGUGUGGAUGAGGGUGAUGCAGCUGUGAGCAUCCCCUUGAAGCAGAAGGUGAAGGACCCAGCCCCUAAACCAGCUCCUGUGAGGCUGGGCAGUGAGGAAGCAGCAGAGAACAAGCAGCCGGUGCCCAGCCCUAGUGUGGAUGAGGGUGGCCCAGCCAUGAGCACUCCCCCAGAGCAGAAAGUGAAGGAGCCGGUGGCACAGCCCCUGGGGAAGGUGAAGGCCACCAAGCAACCAAAGGCAGGGCAGGCUGGUGGCCUGGGGGUACGUGACACUGUGAUCCCCGAUGGCGCCAGCAGAGCCACAGCUCCUUCAGGAGGGGCAUGCCAGGAGAAGCCUCUUCACCCCAAGAGUGUGGUGGCUUUUGGGGGGCAUGCUGCAGACAGAGCUCAUGCGGAGCCUGCAGCUGAGGUCCCCAGGGAGCUGGGUCCCCCUUGCUUUGAAGCUGGGACCUUCGCAGGGACAAACACCCUGGACGUGACUUGGCCUGAGAUGUAUGACUAUUUGUUCUGUGACUCCCAAGAGGAAGAAGAAGGAACAUGGGACUCAGUGGAGGGGGGAAAAACACUGGAAAGGGAAAUCUCCUUGCCUGAACUCUAUGAGUAUUUUUUCAAUGAACCAGAAGGAAAGAGGAAAAAAGCCAAGAGUAAAGACAGGAAGCGAAAGAAGUUCAGCAGCUUGGACCACACUGAGCUGCAAAAUGAGGAUGCCGACUUGGAUCCAGUCAAAGACUCCGUGGUUAUCUCAGUCCCUGAGGUGUACGAACACUUCUUUGUGGAUGGGCCUGGGAACAGGGGGGGCUGGAGAGGGAUGUUCUCCAUUGCUCCCACCUCCGAGGUGAAGAAAGCUGUGGGGGCUUUGAAGACCCUCUUGCAAAGGCAUCUCGUCGGACGCCAAGUCCCAGCACCCCAGGCUCUUGUGCGGAGAGGAUCCGGAGAGAAUCUCCCCCUCGUCCCGCUAGGUCUGCUGGGAAGAAGCGAGGCACAGUCUGACUUGGACAUGGCCCUUGCACUGAGAGGGAGCCCCCAGGUUCCACUGGCGCUGACCCACAAAGACAUGUGCCUCGUCUUCUGUGCCUUUGCCUCCUGGGCAGUGAAGACCUCCGACCUGCAGGCUCCGGAUGCCUGGAAGACCAUGUUCCUGGCAACUUUUGGCACCCUUUCUGCCAUCCGCUACUUCCGAAGGCAGGUCAGAGAAGGACGUCCCCGGACCUAGUCCCAGCACACGCCAGCGAUGCUUCCCGAGGACAGGCGAGGACAUUUGGAGGCAGAAGCUGGGGACUUUGCUCUUGGGCAAGUGUGAAAAGCCUGGAUCCCAGCACCGAGACUUCAAUGGACCCAUCCCUAAGGGGGACAGGAUGUCGCAGGAAGCAGGAUCCUUCCGGUGACAGUCAUUUACAACACGGUAGGCAGUUUGUACCUGGAUUGGACAGAAGAGGAGCCCGGUGUGGGCUGGCUCUGGUCUUUCUUUGCACACUUCUUGCAUAUUUGUGCUAUCUCCUAGGAGUAGUCACAGUGUCUGUUCUAGGGCGCUGCUUGUCCAUCCUCCCUGCUGAAGUCACCUGGUGGCAAAGGAAGGCACCGAGGUGGUGGAUGGAGGAGAGAGCAAAAGAAACCAGGAAAGUGCUUUGUUCUUAUGAAGGAGCUGGCUUAUCUGUGAAGGAGGAGAGAGCUUUGGGGAAGAGCUGUGUCUGUCCAAACAUGGGGCUUUGCUAAGCAUGUGCUGGCUGUGUGUGGGUGAAGGGGGAUGGAGAUGCUGCUCACUUGGCAAGGACCAGGUCCCCCAUGACCGGGUUGGCUCAGGGCAGGAGGACUCAUCCUCUUGGACUGUGCUCAAAGAAGUCAUGCUCAGUCUAACAGUUCAGCAGGCUGAGAUAGGGUUUCUGUUGCAUGUGGCCCUGCUGAGCCACAGCCAUGGAUGUGGCGUUUGGCCCUGUGCGUGCGGAGCACCCGCUGCAAGGACACAUCUCACUGCUGCAGGCAGGGAACGGGCAGGAAGCCUGCAGCCAGAGCCAGGGGAAGGGGCGGCAGGGAAGGGCUCUAUAGGAGCUGCCCAUGAUGGAAAGGGGCUGCAGGGGCAGCAGGGAAAGGGGCCGAGCUCAGGGAAGCCUCUGGAAAGAGCCCUCUUAAGGACAGGAGCAUGUCGGAGAAGAGGAAAAGGUAUGUGCACAUGUUUGGCUCUGACAAUCACCACAUGAAGGGUCUAGAUACAUGACUUGGUCCCUCCACUGCCUUCCAUCCUAGAGACAUAAAGGUGGCUGGGAGGAGAUGGCAAAGGAGGAAGUGCCAUGGCUGAGUGCGUAACCCUGUGGGACUGGAGAGGGCUGGAAUGGACCCAGGAUGGAAGAUGGGGUGAAAAAGGAAAAGGAAGUGGUUCAGUUUCUUCCCUGUCUCUAGUGCCUUCCUGAACACUCAAGGGCAUUAUUCAUGAUGGCUUUUCUUCACUCCCAAGUCUGAUAACAGCAUGAAUGUGAGAUUUGUUAAGCACUUAGGGACCAGAUCCAUAAAGAUACCGGGGGAAGUCUGCCCGGAAUACCUGUGUGGAUCUGCCUAUGAGCUUUGUAGGAGCACUGUGGCAAUGUUUGUCUUAUGAAGCCAGAGAGGAGAGGUUUAGCUCUUUCCUUGCAAUGCAGAGUGCCAUGCAAUUUUAAUGUGUGUAGGGAUGUGUUGAAGAUGAUGUAUUAUUGCUGAUGAGAGCACAUUGUACAAUUGUACAGAGAGGUAUGUAGCAGUAAACAGCAAGAGAGAGAUGUACAUGGACUAUAUAUGUAUAUGGAUUAUAGUAUAUAGAUGUAUAUGACCAUAUAUAGAUGUAUAUGGACUAUAGUAGCUGUAUCGCCAGUAAGAGGAGUUUGGUGGAGGAAGAGAACAGAUAAAAUGUGCUGGAAGCUUCUAAUAAAGAUCUAUCUCAUUUAAUA